ACUCACUCACUCACUGUAUCUCUCGUUUAUCAAUCUUCAUUUCUGAGACGAUGCCGAAUCGAUAUCCAGGAACCAUGGCUCAGGAUUGGGAGCCAGUGGUCCUCCACAAGUCCAAGCCCAAGGCACACGAUCUACGCGACCCGAAGCUCGUGAACCAGGCGCUCCGCUCCGGCGGCCAGGUCCAGACUCUGAAGAAAUUCGACGGCGGCGCGAACAAGAAACCGGCGGCGACGGCGAUAAACGCGCGGAAGCUGGACGAGGCGGCGGAACCGGCGGCGCUAGAUAGGGUUUCGGUGGAGGUGAGGCAGGCGAUUCAGAAGGCGAGGAUCGAGAAGAAGAUGAGCCAGGCCGAUCUGGCGAAAAAGAUCAACGAGUUGCCUAAGGUGGUUCAGGAGUACGAGAACGGCAAGGCCGUGCCGAACCAGGCUGUGCUGGCCAAGAUGGAGAAGGUUUUGGGAGUUAAGCUUAGAGGAAAGAUGCACAGGUGAUGAUGAUGAUGAUGAUGAUGAUGAUGAUGAUAUGUAUGGUAUGGUGUGGUAUGGCGUGGAAUGGAUGAUAGAUGGAUAUAGAUUGUGCUGGUGUUGAAAAUAGAAAUCUGUGGUUUUUUGUUUUGUGUUUGUUUGGUUGUUUUGGAAAGUUAGGUUUGUAAAAAAAAUUGCUGAUGGUCAUGAAUGUAAAUUGUUGUUAAUUUAAUUAGAUACUUAAUUGUGCUCUGUUUUUUU